UUAUUGGAGCUACUUCAGAGCUCAUUAACGUGCACCUGCUCUGCAUUUCAAACAGAUGGAUUAGUCUCUUAUUUUGACACUGGAUCCGGAAGUGCGUGUCGCAUUGAAUGAAGCCAAUCCUUGCAGUUAGCGAGAUUGAAUAACUAACGCGUCUAGGUAAUGGGAGGGUUUGUAAACAAAGUCAUAGCUUUGAGGCAGUCAGUGCGUGUCAUUAGGUAUGCUAGCGUGUUAUCUGUGUGCUAUAUGUGUUGUAGUGGACUAGCCGCGCUCAACAUGACGAAAGCAGCCGGCGAGGGAACCUUCAUGUAUUUCGCUUUUGGAAGCAACUUGUUAAAGGAGAGACUACAGCUGGCGAACCCCUCGGCGACAUUCCUUGCCACCGGUCGAUUGAAGGACUACAAACUGGAUUUUGGUCUGUGGGGGACCAACGUGGAGAACAACUGGCACGGAGGUGUGGCGACCAUCCGGGAGAGUCCAGGCUCGGAGGUGUGGGGAGUGAUCUGGACUCUGAACAACGACAACGUGGACAGCCUGGAUGAGCAGGAAGGAGUCGAGGGAGGAAUGUACUCUCCAAUGGAAGUUUUAGUAGAGAGCAGCCACGGACCCAUAAUGUGCAGAACCUACCAGAUGAACAAUUUCCAUGCAUGUCUUCCCUCUCCACAGUACAAACAUGUGGUGUGUUGGGGUGCUGAGCAGAACGGACUCCCUGUGGAAUACCGCAGCAGGCUGGAGGCCCUGGAGGCCAACAACUACAGGGGGCCAUCCAUCUUGGACAGCAUCAAAACAGAUGGGAAUUAAUUUUUCAUAGUAACAACCAUCCAUUGGCCGAUACAUUUGCUCAUCAAUAAUGCUGUGAAUUAAAUAACCAGGUGCUGCACGUUUGUAUUUUUGUAGAGAUAUUUAACUGCUUGGUAUAUCUUGACCUAGCUGAAAUAAAUUUUAGCGUCCCUGAUGAACAAAAGUGGCAUGUAUGCCAAUCCCGGUGGAAUAAGUUUGGACACCGCUGUUGUAGUAAAAUUAAGUCAUAUUAAAAAAAUAAAUCAUUCCAAGCUACUAUGAAUCCCAAUUUUAGAGAACGCACAAUAAAUUAUUUUAAGCAGAGAGACUGGAUUUCUCAAAAGAACAUUAAAAGUUAAAAACGCCGCUUUAGUUUUUGAACAUUUUAUAGUAUGUUCAGAAUACAGAUUGCUGUUAGUACACAACUUUUAAAAGAUAACUGUUUAUUGUGGAUGUAACAAUGAAGUGUGUUUAUAUUAACACGUUAGGAAACCAUUUUCUUACCCACUUAAGGAAAUGUAGAAAAACAAGUACAGAUACAAAAAAAAGCAGCAACAGGAAAAUAUGUGUAUAUAUAUAUAUAUAUAUAUAUAUAUAUAUAUAUAUACAUACAUAUAUAUAUACAUACAUACAUUCACACACACACACACACACAUCAGUACAUAUUUGUUAGGUGUCCUAAUAGGUGUGGGUCAUACAUGUGGUCUUUCUAAAAGAGAAUUGACUCUGGGUGAGAAAAGGAAGGCGUUGCUCAUAUGGUUCUAAAGCGAGGUGUCCAAAGUGCGGUCCAGGGAGAAUUAUAUCCUAUAAACAAAUAUUACGGCUGCUGAAAAGAGAAAAAGUUGACAUUGAAUGAACAAGACGCUCCUUUUUUUUUUACUCUCUUCUGCCUGUGACAUUAGCGGCCUGUCCUAACGCCCCCUGCGCUCACUUGUAAACAUUCACUUUCCGAGGAAGACAUUUCACAUGGUAGUUCUACCAAACGCUCGGCGAGGGGGUGGGGGGGCACAAAGAACCUUAUCAGCCACCUGAAACGCCAGCGCUGCAGCAUUUGAAAAGGUUUGCCAGAGUCCUUACUGAGUAGUUCACCUUACUGAGCCACACAGGGUGGCUCCUCCCGCUCUAUAGUCCGGUUGUCCUGACCUCCGUAGCGGCACACUGGCCGCUUGGAGCGUGUGCCCGAAUACAGUGCACCUUGCUGGGCCACAGCAGGUGGCUCCCUCCCCCUCUAUACUGUAGUUCUCCUGGUGGUAGUAAUGUGAUGUAAUAGUCAUGAUCGCGGAUUAGGACUAAUCAACAGGUAGUUGGUCAAAUCCUAAUGUGUUCCAGUCCUUCUUACCUCCUGGUGUGCACAAACUACACUUAAAUAUAAAUUUUAAAAGUAGAUAUAAAAUAAGUUAUCAGUACCAUGUCAGUCUUGAGAAACAGAAAGUUAUCUGUUUGGAAAAAAAGAUAUCGUGCAUCUGUACUAUUAUUCAAAUAUAUUUAAUAUGUUGACCUACAUCGUAGUGGGUUUAAUAUAUUUUUGUGUGAAAAUAAAAAAAAAAAAAAAAGUGUUUCUUUUGGCAGUCCUGACCAGUGAACGCUUUGGACACCCCUGGUGUAAAAAAAAUCCUUUCAUCCUUUUAGAAAAGCAAACCACAUGACUGGAAGUUCCAACAUGAAUGCGUCAACUCAGUAGAAAAAUGACCGUAGUUAGUCUUCAACUUAGCAAGGAAGUAAUGGUGGAUAUGAAAAAGAAGAAUUUGGUAGAAAAAGGUAGCAGGAGCAAGUCAGUGCUUUUAUUGUGAGGAAGCAGCCAAGAUGGAGCCUCAGGUUGCUUCCGGAGAAGCAAACAGAAGCACGAGGUCACUAAGUUUCUCCAAGCAAGACGACACCAAAGGCCGCCAUGAAAGGUCCUUUUCAGUCAUGCUCCAUCGGCACCUCAUCAGUCAUCUUCUUGUUCCUGCUUUCAUCCAUCGGCUCCACCCCGUCCUCACCUGCUCCUGCCACCGCCUCCUUCGUGGCGUUGGCCGGCGGCAGUUCCGUCUCCUCCUCUGGCUCUGCUUCUCGCAGCUCAGCGGGCCGCUGCUCUGGAACGUGGAGCUGGUGCUGAAGCUGCGCCAUGCGGGCCAUGUUGAAGCCCAUCAGCACGGCUGCCGUGCUCCUCUUGAGGUUCUUCAGGCAGCGGCUACGCUUGGCGCUGAAGAGCGCCACCACUUCUGCCUUGGUCAGCGCCAGACGGCGGCACAGCUCCUCCGUCUCGGCGCGGCUGGCGUACGGGUUGACGUGGAAGUAUUUGGUGAUGAAGUCUCGCCGCUCAUCAGGGCCGCGGCGGUCCAGCGGGGUGGGCUCCAGUGCCAGUUUGACGUUGGGGUCGCUUGGGACCUCAGGCUCAGGCGGCGGCAGAAU